AUGAUUAAUACGAUGGCUGGUGACGCUGCUGAAGAUGAAGUGGGAGCAGCUGGCUCCGGCAGCGGCGGCACGCAGGAGAGGUGGAGGGGCCCGAGCAGCCAGGCAGAGAGGGCAAAGAGGAGGACACAUGGCAGCCAGGGGAGGGGUAUCUUCCAUCAUCUGUUUGAAACUUUGGGAAAGUUGGGGUGGCGCGCAGGGGGCAGAUUAGCGCAGCUCGCCCGCGGUCUGAGGUCCGUCCCCAAAAGCAGCCCCCGUGUCCCGCUUGACGGAGCCAUUAGUGCGCAGGCCAAUGAGAGCAGCAGAACGUGA